GAAAGAAAAAUAAAACCACAACAAAAGGGUAGUUUAAAUUUUGACAUUUCUUUUCACACUCAAUGUACUCUGCUUCAUUACAAAGUAAAUAAGUUGGCUUGUAAUUCUACAUAUUGAAGAACUUGCAUGACAUGUGUUCCUAAAAUAUUAAAUAUAUGGAUAAGAAUAGUGAAUAAAUUCAAUGAUGAGUUUAGUUUACGUUACCUGCCGUUUUCUAUAACACAGGUAUACGCAGAAUAAUAACAUUGCUAUACAUUAAUACCAAAAUAUUGGGAUAUUGACUGCAAACAUCUUUAAUUUGGUUAUAUGAGAAAAUACAUAUUAUGUCGUCUGAAAAAAUCGAUACCAUCGGGAAAAUUGAGUUAAUUGAACCUACAACUGGGAAACUAUUUUUCGAGCAUAAAACUGAAUUAAUUUUCUGCCAACCGCACUUAAUAGCUUUAAAAUCGCAAUCAUUGUACCGUUUGGAGGAAAUGCAGCGCAAAAUAGAGCGACAAUUACAAGAUAAACACGUAGAUGAUCCUAGAAUGAAUAACAUUCAAAAGCGUAUCUAAAGUAAUGCUGUUCUUUGUUGUUGUAUUAACAAACCUUUAGGAUUAGAGCGUAGAAUGGCACACUUGCUUACAUUAGCGGUCAUAGCCGCUUUACUACUAGCUGGAUUUUUACUCUUUCGGUAUGGAAACAUUCCGCGUCAGCAUAUUAUUGUAACAUUAUCUGUGUUGAUGGCAUGGUGUU